CUGUGAGUUGUCUUCCUGAUACCUGCAAGGUGUUUACCACUCUCUGCAGGCACAGCUCACCCACAAGUCCACUCUCUUGGCACUUCGUCCCGGCUAACUUUUGACGAAUCAUGGCAACGCCGUUGACCGACCAGGAGAAGCGGAAGCAGAUCAGUGUCCGGGGGAUUGCCGGACUCGGAGACGUAGGAGAGAUCAUGCAGAGUUUUAACCGACACCUUCACUUCACCCUGGUAAAGGACAGGAACGUAGCGACGCCUCGGGACUAUUACUUCGCCCUAGCCCACACCGUCCGGGACCACUUGGUGGGCCGCUGGAUCCGCACCCAGCAGUACUACUACGAAAAGGACCCCAAGAGGGUUUACUAUCUGUCUCUGGAGUUCUACAUGGGCAGAACGCUGCAGAACACCAUGAUCAACCUGGGCCUGCAGAACGCCUGCGAUGAGGCCAUCUAUCAGCUGGGUUUGGACAUGGAGGAGUUGGAGGAGAUUGAGGAGGACGCUGGUCUGGGUAAUGGAGGACUGGGACGACUGGCAGCGUGUUUCCUGGACUCUAUGGCGACGCUUGGCCUGGCAGCGUACGGUUACGGUAUUCGAUAUGAAUUUGGCAUCUUUAACCAGAAGAUCAGCAGCGGGUGGCAGGCGGAGGAGGCAGAUGAUUGGUUGAGGUAUGGGAAUCCCUGGGAGAAGGCGAGACCAGAGUUCAUGCUGCCGGUUCAUUUCUACGGCCGGGUGGAGAGAACAGAGAGCGAAGAGAAGUGGGUUGACACACAGGUGGUGCUAGCGAUGCCCUAUGACACUCCAGUUCCUGGUUACCGUAACAACACGGUGAACACAAUGAGACUGUGGUCGGCUAAAGCGCCAAACGACUUCAAACUGCAGGACUUUAAUGUUGGAGAUUACAUUGAAGCGGUUCUGGACAGAAACCUGGCAGAAAACAUCUCCAAAGUCCUCUACCCCAAUGACAACUUUUUCGAGGGAAAGGAGUUGCGUCUGAAGCAGGAGUACUUUGUGGUCGCGGCCACGCUGCAGGACAUCAUCCGCAGGUUCAAAUCCUCCAAGUUUGGCUGCAGAGACCCGGUGAGGACGUCCUUCGACACGUUCCCUGAUAAGGUGGCGAUCCAGCUCAACGACACCCACCCAGCUCUGGCAAUCCCUGAACUGAUGCGGAUCCUGGUAGACAUCGAGAAGCUGGACUGGGACAAGGCCUGGGACAUCACCCGUCGCACCUGUGCCUACACCAACCACACGGUGCUGCCUGAGGCGUUGGAGCGUUGGCCUGUGUUCUUGUUUGAACAACUGCUGCCCCGACACCUGCUCAUCAUCUAUGAAAUCAACCAGAGACACCUGAAACGGAUAGCGGCCAUGUUCCCCGACGACACAGAUCGUCUGCGUCGGAUGUCUCUGAUCGAGGAGGGAGACCCAAAGAGAAUCAACAUGGCUCACCUGUGUGUGGUCGGAUCUCAUGCUGUCAACGGAGUCGCUCAGAUCCACUCAGACAUCGUCAAGAGCACAGUGUUUAAAGACUUCCAUGAAGUGGAACCGGAGAAGUUUCAAAAUAAAACGAAUGGCAUCACUCCUCGCCGCUGGCUGCUACUGUGUAAUCCCGGCCUGACUGACAUCAUCGCUGAGAGAAUCGGAGAAGACUUCCUGACUGAUCUGUAUCAACUCAAGGAGAUUCUCCAGUUUGUAGACAAUGAGGCUUUCAUCAGAGACGUGGCCAAAGUCAAGCAGGAGAACAAGCUAAAGUUUGCGUCCUUCCUGCAAGACCAGACUCAGGUGAAAGUGAACCCAGAGUCCAUCUUUGACGUGCAGGUGAAGAGGAUCCACGAGUAUAAGAGGCAACUGCUCAGCUGUCUGCACGCCGUCACGCUCUACAACAGAAUCAAACUGGAGCCCAACAGAGAUUUUGUUCCCAGGACGGUGAUGAUCGGAGGAAAGGCAGCUCCUGGUUACCACAUGGCAAAGCUGAUCAUAAAACUGAUCACCUCCGUGGGUCAGGUGAUAAAUAACGACCCCGCAGUGGGAGACAAACUGAAAGUAAUCUUUCUGGAAAACUACAAAGUGUCUUUGGCUGAGAGAGUGAUCCCGGCGGCUGACCUGUCGGAGCAGAUCUCCACAGCAGGAACUGAAGCGUCUGGAACAGGAAACAUGAAGUUCAUGUUGAACGGCGCUCUAACUAUCGGCACCAUGGAUGGAGCCACUGUGGAGAUGGCCGAGGAGGCCGGGGAGGAAAACCUUUUCAUCUUUGGCAUGAGAGUGGAGGACGUGGAGGAGAUGGACAAGAAGGGGUACAAUGCCAGAGAGUACUAUGAGCGUCUGCCGGCGCUGAAACUGGCUAUGGAUCAGAUCCAGAGCGGCUUCUUCAGUCCCACACAGCCUGAACUCUUCAAAGACCUGAUCAACAUGCUGAUGAACCAUGACAGGUUUAAGGUGUUUGCUGACUUUGAAGCCUACAUCGCAUGUCAGGAACGAGUCAGCGAGCUUUACAAGAACCCCAAAGAGUGGACCAAGACGGUGAUUCGCAACAUUGCUGCCUCUGGAAAGUUCUCCAGCGACCGGACGAUCUCCCAGUAUGCCCGAGAAAUCUGGGGGGUCGAACCGUCCGACGUGAAGAUCCCACCGCCAAACGAACCACCGUCUAAGUCCAGUAACUGAGGGGCUUGAUCGCAGAGUCAAGUAUAUGAUCCACCUUCACAGCUGUUUGAAUCUGUGAACAAACUCUGUAAAGUGAAUAAUCUGUUUUCUGAGAUGCUCAUGCUCAACACAAACCUUAAAGGAAUACUUCACCCUUUGAAACAUGAAUCUGUAUUGACAUUGGAGGUUAAAAACAUCAUGAACUCUGUUUUAGUGAAAAUUCCACUGAAUCACUGGGAAUCCAUUUUACACUGUAUCAUCUGAAUGUUGAUUUUUCUUUUUACUUUCAUUCAUAAAGCUUAUGGUGCGGAUGCUGUAUUCAUGUGGGAUUAUAUUCAUAUUCGUGGUCAUUUUAGGGUCAAAAUUACACUGAAUCAACAACAAAGCUCCAUGUUGUUAUUGUUGACAGUUAGCUUUGUGUGUAAGCGCCUUUAACUACAGACUUUAAAUGAAGUUAGCUCUCAUAUUCACUCUUUUUACUCAUAUUUUAUAUUCUUACAAAAUCAUAUUUUUAAGUGCAAAUGUUUCAGAAAAAAAAUCUGUUUUCUUUUUUAAAAGUACCACUUGGACGUUGACAUGAACAGGAUCUCUUUUGGAAAUAACAAUAACUCAGACAAUAUGGAAGCAACAGAAAUCCUCGAUGUUAAAGGUUCCUGAUGUGUUAAGGUGUUUCAUUCAGAAUCAGUUUACUCUGCAUGAAUGUAAGUCUGACCUUAAAUCGUUUGUCACUUUAAAAAGUACUGUAUCUCCAGCACUUAUGCCUGUUGCUGAUCAAUAAAACAUGUUACAUUUGUAA